AUGUCCGCUGCGAGGGAGAGCGGCACACAGCGCAACAUCUCCGCGCUCCGUCCGGUCACACUCCGCGCUCUCUCUCUCUCUCCAAAUAUCUGCUGGGUCUCCUCACCUCUCCACGAACCCUCUCCGGGCUCUCCACACUCGCCCCCCCCCCCGGCUCUGUACCUCUCUCUCUCUCCUCGCGGGGGUCUCCAGGCACGCGCCGCUCUUUGCGCACGGACUCUUCUCCACAUUCCCACUCGUAUCCCGCUGCUCCUCUUCUCGCUUCACUCCUCUGAGGACUCGGGAGGAGCGUCAGCCCGCAACCCCGGCCCAACUCUACUUUCUCUUUUAAGGUGCAGUAAUUAGUCAUUCGCGCUGAGCUCGGGCUGAAGAACAAUGUGAUUCUGGCUCAUGGGGAUUUAGUGUCGUGACAUGCUUUCGGGACCCGGCGUCUCCACAAGGAAAUGGGACUCUCUGCAUUUAUGGUUACAUGAAUGUCAGCGCUGCAGGCCAGAUGCCGGUGACGGAGGAGCUUGUCAGUGAGAGGGAGGCAUAGUAAGCAGGCUGGCCGUCCUUCGGCUGGAGGACCAUCUUAUGAGAAUCUGCUGAAGUGUCCUUGAGCAAGACGCUGAGGUCCUACACUCUCAAGCAUGCUAAAGCAGAUGGCCCUGAUCUGCUUCCUGUCUCUGGUCAUGCUGAUGAGCAUCCUGGGAAACCUGCUGGUCAUGGUGGCCGUCUGCAAGGACAGACAACUCAGGAAAAUCAAGACCAACUACUUUAUCGUGUCUCUGGCGUUUGCCGACUUGCUGGUGUCGGUCCUCGUAAUGCCGUUUGGUGCCAUCGAGUUGGUCCACCAGCACUGGAUCUACGGCGAGACCUUCUGCCUGGUCCGGACCUCGCUGGACGUCCUGCUGACCACUGCGUCCAUACUGCACCUCUGCUGCAUCGCCCUGGACAGGUACUACGCUAUCUGCUGCCAGCCUCUGGUCUACCGGAACAAAAUGACCCCCAUGCGCGUGGCUCUGAUGAUUGGCGGCUGCUGGGUUAUUCCCACCUUCAUCUCUUUCCUGCCCAUCAUGCAGGGGUGGAACAGCAUCGGCAUCGACCACCUGAUUGAGGAGAGGCGCCACAGCGAGGGCAGCAACUCCACGUCCUGUGUCUUCAUGGUCAACAAGCCAUACGCCCUCACCUGCUCAGUGGUGGCCUUCUACAUCCCUCUAGUCCUCAUGGUGCUGGCCUACCAGAGGAUCUACGUCACGGCCCGUGCACACGCCCUGCAGAUCAGCAUGCUGCAGCGGGCAGGGGGAGCCGGUGCAUCGGACUCUGCUGACCAUCAACGCAACCAUCGUAUGCGAACAGAAACUAAGGCAGCAAAGACUCUGUGCAUCAUUAUGGGGUGUUUCUGCCUCUGCUGGGCGCCGUUCUUCGUUACCAAUGUGGUGGACCCCUUUAUAGACUACACAGUGCCCGACAAGCUGUGGGUGGCCUGCCUGUGGCUGGGCUACAUCAACUCCAUGCUGAACCCUAUCCUCUAUGCCUUCCUCAACAAGUCCUUCCGCCGUGCCUUCCUCAUCAUCCUGUGCUGCGGGAGGAAGAGGUACCGCAGGCCGUCCAUCCUGGGGUCCGGCGCUCCCUGCACAGCCACGCAGAUCAACGGCUCCACACAUGUACUCAAGUAUUCUGUCCUUCACAACGGGAACCACGCAGAGCAAGAGAAAAAGUCUCUGCACACUGACACAGAGUCCCACGAGUCCUGUUUGUGACCAGCAACGACUCCUCAGUCACAUCUCCAAUGACCUCGGCUCUCACACUGUCACCACAGAGUCAAUGGACACACACUGCAGCCUCCACACAUCCGGAGCUGAAAUCUAACGCAGAUGCUACGAAUCCAGGAGAGCUCCAGAAACCAGAGCCCUGAUGGAAAAUAUGACAAUGCAAGAGGUGCAUCUGGUUUUAAAGUUCAGCCAAAACUCAACCCAUGGUCUUUAAAGGUGACAGGGACCUAGUGGACUGGAACCAAACCAGUUCUCUGUCUUUCUGUAAUGCUGGUUCUCCCGUCUGCAGGCCCACAGAGACUGAGCUGUCCCAGUCGAACUGAAUCACAGCCUAAAUGCAACUGUGAUCUCAUCAGCAGGCCCGCUGGUAGCUAUCUGUGCGGUUCAGCUUGUCUUGUGGAGAACAGGCAGCUUCAGUGGAAUGUGUAGGAGAAUUUCACAGCAUGAGAUGUGAUUAAGGACUGGGAGUCGUGGAAGUGAAUUGUGUUGCCAAAGCUAUUUGAUAUUAUAUACAGAGGACCUAUUUCUGAUUAUAAUAUGAUGCUCCCUGUUGUUUUCCAGUACAAAAUCAGAAAGACUGACAAUAGAUUUUAGAAGGUUGUUCCUUAUAAAACGAGCAUAAGUUGGCAAAUGAGCUUUUAAAACAAGUGUUAUUCAUGAAAAGAGGCAGAGCUGAGAACAAUAUUUCUUUUUCUGAACAUCACAUGUUAAACAUCACGUGUCUUACCCUUAGACACAAAGCUGAAGAAACUGUAUGUGUCCCAGGCCGAAGCUUUCCAGCUUUGCUAAAUCCUCUCUAAGCUGAAAGGAAAAUGUGGCUGCAAGGCUGUGUUAAAUCCUUGACCUAAACUGUUGAAGUGCAUUAUUAUAGAAGCUGCUAGCUCACACUCCAUCUUCAUCACUUUAUGAGGCUCCAUCUGAAUCAUCGUUUUCCACACAAUAAGAAGUUAGAGGACCUCAACGCAUAAAAGAUACUCAUGAAUAAUUUAACAGGCAAUGUGAUGAUGUCGGAGCAAUAUGUGCAUGGUUAUGGUGUGUAGGGGGGGUGUGUGUGUGUGUGUGUGUGUGUGUGUGUGUGUGGGUGUGUGAGUGUGACUACAUUUACAGGCUUUUGCAGUCUCUGUAUGUGUUUCCAUGGUGAUGCAUGCUUUCAUGCAAGUGUGUCUCUGAAUGCAUAUGUACAUGUCCUCAUGUGUGAUGUUAGUAUGUAUGUACCCUUUCCCAUCAUCCUAAACUGUGCUGCCAUCUCAACACACCAUUUAUUCUCUCCGUCCCUGCUCACCUUGGAGCCCAUCCUAAAGAAUGUAUCAGAAAUGUUUCUAUUUGUUUAUAUUCAUGGAAACGGAGAACACUAAAGCCAACUGUUUACCUUUACCCAUAAUCCAACUCACUGAUAGUUCAUUUCCUCUCAUUUCCCUUGCAGACUGUCCUGUCUCUGUGUCCUACAGUGGCUGUGGCUUACAGAGUAAAAUUGUAUUCAAAAGGCCACUCACCAGCCGUUUCAGUGCUCUUUUACGUCAUCUUGUUUCGUCUGCUUCUUUUGAUUUUCUGACUGGACAACUGGCAAAACCUACCGCUUAUCUUGAUGAACCAACUCCGAAUGGAUGGAAACAAGCAUUCAUUCACAUUUUCUGUUAUUGAUUGAAAUUCGGUUAAAAUUUGUGAUAUCUUUGUGUGCUGGAUGUGCAAAUGCACUACUGAUUGCUAAUAAAUUAGCCAUCAAUUUAUAAACGAUAUGUCAGGGCUGUGUCUGUCAAGCGUAUUGUGGAGCUUUUCUGCCCCCAAGUGGUAAAAAAUAACUAUGGCUACUCCAAGGCUGGACCCAGUUUAACAAGUCACGGUUCAGAGGACACAUCAACUCUGUCAUUGGGGUAACAAGCAGCUAGUUGACUUUUUGUCUUUGAUUGGUUGUGAUUAGUACUUUUCGCAAACCAAAUUACCCCUUGGGUACAAUAAAGACUAUCAAAUCAAAAUCAAAUCAAUCUAGGCAUGCUACUCUAGAUUCUCACCUAGCCAGGAGCUAGUGAAAGGGGGGUCAACUGGUUCAGUCAGACCAUCAGACCUUAUGUACACUUAACAAUAGGUGAGUUCACUUAUGUCUAAUAUGUUAACGUACCAACAUUAACAUAUAAGACAUAUGACAUACAUUCCGCAAGCAACUGUUUAUCAUGCUGAAGUGUCCUUGAGCAAGAGUGUGUAGUUUGGUUCGUCAUGACAGCCACUGUGGUCAGCUUGGAUUGUGUCAGCUACAAUGGAUUGAAAUGAUGAUUCACACUGUCUAUGUGCAUCAAAACGUCAACAGAAAUUUCUCAAACCUUUCCGGGAGCAUAAUCCAGUCCUCUGCUGUCCAUCUGUAUGCUUUUUUGAAUUUUUGUAACAAAAUACAGCAAAAGAUGGGUUCUUGUAAAGUGUUGGAUUAUCAAGAGGGUAACAAAGGAGCAGUUAUAUAUAUAUAUAUAUAUAUAUAUAUAUAUAUAUAUAUAUAUAUAUACUGCUCCCACCAAUAUUCCACUAUGAAAACUGGUCAGCAUUGGAAUCUAGACUAUAGCCCCUGACUGGAGAAAGAAACCAUUUCCAUUACAAACUGCUUUUAAAGCAUACUAGUGUUGUGUUUGACACUCAAAAUAAGUAUUUGGGAUGGAGGAUCACUUUAAAGCUCAUGGAGAUUCAAUGUUUUAUUCAAGGACACUUCAGCAUGAUGAAUGGUGCCAUAGUGAUGGCUAGGAAUGCCCUUACAUGUACCUUGGCUAGUGGUCAGAGUUCUGGUAGUCUGACAUCCCACCACCUUUAUUAACACCAGUCAAUAAAAACACACCAGGAAAUGGCUGCUUAUGAUCCCACCAGGAGUCAGUCCAUGCGGUUACACUCGACUUUCCAAGCAUGAAAAAUGGUUAGCUAUCAGAUGUCAAUAUCUUCCCCCUUCAACCUUUAAUCCCUUGCAAUUUCAAGAAGUUGCCUGUAUGUCCUGUCCAAGUGCUCUUGGAACAGGACUAAAGCUUGGGUUGUUUCAACAACUUGUUACUAAACACUAAAUUCACUAAAAAGGAAAGUGCAAAGGCCAUGUAGACAUCAGCGAAGACAACCAGAAGACUGUAUCUCAACAUACAGCAAAAAUUAAUUUAGGAAAAAAGUUCUUAUACAGAGUUUACUACAUGUAUGCUGAAUCUUUGUGGCUGUUUUAUUAUUGAAUUUUCUGCAGUGCAAAGACAUUUUUCAGCACCAGACAAUAGACAAAGAAUGGAUUAUGUUUCCUUCGUUGAUGAACACGUAUAUACAUUUCUUUGUUUUUGUCUUUUUUUCCCCCAAAAAUUGACUCCUUCAAACUGUAACUUCUUCCAUAGCUGAAGCACAAGCACUUUUUGUGAUUUAAGGAAGGAUCAGUUUAGCAGUGUCAUCACAGUUAGCCAGGUAUAUUUUAGUUUAGUAAGUUUUUUUGAGGCAAGUUGAUAAUUCCCCCCAAACAACCUGUGGAUGUUCCUUGAGGUGCAUUUACAUAUUAUUUAUUGUCCAAUAUAUGUCCAGUGUUCUUAAGAUAAUUAUGAUCUAGAUUACCUAUUUUAAUAUUAAACUCUGUGCAAACUAUGCAUUAGAACCAGUUGCCUGUCAAUUUGUUCCCCCUUUGCAAAUCCUCACUUGUCAAUGUUCAGUUUUAUAAAAUCUGUAAUGACAUUCCUUUUUCUUAGAAAAUAAAAAUAAUGAUUUUUCAUAUUACAUUAAAAAGCUCAAAAUUGUGCAUAUUAUUUAUCAGUUAACUGAAUGGAAGACAUAGUUAUUCAAUAGAUGUUUUUACUAAAAGUGUCUAAUAAAAUGUUGUGCUCCCAGGGAAAUUGGCCUUAACUUCCUGGUGAUUUUGGAUUUCCAACAUUGUGGAAGUCAGUGAAAGUUGGUAAUGAGGCCCAUUAAUUAUUAUUAUUUUUUUACUUUUUUUUAAUUAGAACAAUUAAAGACAAACUUAGACUGUACAUUUUUCUUUGGAGUUUUGUUUUCUACCAUCGUAACUGUUCACAAUGGUGCACUUUUCUGAAAUAGCAUCCCAGUGAUCGACUUCUGUCCUUGCUCUGUCUUCAUUAACAUGACCUCUCACUGCAGAGCGAGACCACAAAAGGCUGAGAACAACGCCUGCAGAAUAUAAACUAAAUGAGACACAGUUCCACAGAGACCUUUUCGGUCCUAAGAGGUUGCAAAUUCUGCAAUUGUUUUUGUAAGCAAUUACGUUCCUGUUUCCAGCAUCUUUAAACCCACAAUUUUCUUUUCAAACAAAUGUCUGUUUAUUGUUUUUGCACAAGUAUAAAAGGAGACAGACUUUGUGGCUUGAGUGUCAGGCAUUUUAGUAUUUUUUUUUUUAUUUCUGCCUAUUUUUCUUUACUUUGGUGUUCAAUAGCCGCCCCCUUCCACAGCUGCAGUUUCCAUGACAUCUGUGGAAGCUUAAUGUCAGGCAGUGUGUGUGUCCAUUCUAGUGUGGAGAUGUUUUGUGUGUGUGUGUGUGUGUGUGUGUGUGUGUGUGUGUGUGUGUGUGUGUGUGUGUGUGUGUGUGUGUGUGUGUGUGUGUGUGGGAAGCUCCUCAACAGUCUAAAAUUAGGGAACUCAAGCUCGCCUACCUUCAUGAAAUUUAAUGAGCCAAAAAGUGUAAGGCAGGCCAUUUUUGGAGAUGUACCAAACACAUCACGAGAUACAAAAAAAAAUCAAUCUGAGCACGCUCCAGUUCUCCAGUUGGGAGCCGUCUGAGAGAUUCAAGGGGUCAUAGUUAUUUCAGGUAGAAGGGGGAGCAAGAAGAAAACCCUGCUGCUCAAAUGGAACUACUUUCAAGUCAGAAAUCUAUUUUUCGUUUCACUACUUCAAAGAACCAGUGAGAGCAUCCGUCCGCCUGUGAAGGAAUUUGGAUUCAUGUUUUGUAAAAAUCCAUCCCCAGUCCUUAAACUCCUAGGUUCAUUCAUGUUAUGUGAGCCUGAUGUUUCCAUGUGAUCAUGAAUACACAAAGUCAGUGCUGAAAACACAGGCAGAGUGAGCUCAGAGUGCUGGAGGUGAGCUGUGGUCAACCUGAAUUCUUUGCCAGUGUUCCUCAGAGAGACACAAGCUGUCUGCUCUGACGCCUGGCUGGCUUUCCAAAAUCACUGUAGGCACAGAAAUGGUAGUUGUCAUGCCAGAAAAAUGUAUGAACCCUUAAACAAUUUAAAACACAUAAAAAGAACGUCAGUCCCUCAGAUAGUUUCAUUCUAAAGCGGCCAUUUUGUAAAAGAAGCACAGAGGAGGAGCUUGGAACAUAUAAAAGUUUUUAAGCUGAUUAGUUAAAUCUCUACUUCAACCAAACAGGAUCUAGAAUUUAAAAACAGCAAUCUUUGGUCCCAAAGAUUGAAACACACAAGUGAUGAUCACUGUUCUGACAUUGUCUUAUUUUAGUUUUUAUAUUUCCGUUUGCCUAAUUUGUUCACAAAGCAGCACAGAUUGCAACAAAUAAAAAAAAACCAACAUUAUUGCAUUGCUUUACAAGAAUUCAGACAGAAUAUUAAUAAGGUGCACUACAAUAAGGUGACUUUGGGAAGCCUGUCUAAUGUAAAACCAUAACCUCUGGAUGGUUUGGAGCCAGAAAGCAGCACUGCCACUGAUAGAUAAAUUAAAUACAGUAUCCUAACUCGUACGACCCUGCAGGACUCAGUUCCUUCAGCAUGAAGCUGACUUGGUGAUUGGUGAGGGUUGCAUUGUUAGAUCAGAGAAUGGAAGAUUUAAUUCCAUUAAGAAUCCAUUCUCUACCUUCAGCAGAGUCUGUAGCCUUUAAAAGCCUUUUGCCUCCUAAAUAUCCCAUGAUACAUGACCAAUUCAUUCCAAAAUAAAAACAAUGUUUGGAGAAGAAACUGAUGCUGUAGUCGAUGCUUCAAUAUUUAUUCAAAUACAGAAACAGAGUCAAAGAGUUCAUCCAGAAUAAUCACCAAGUCUCCGGUUUCAUUCAGUUUUGCACAUGCGACUUUUUUUCCAAUGCUGGAUUCUACACUUCAUGUAACCUCACAGGUAAUAUUUGGUACUGAAGUUCUCAAACAGCCUCUUUGCCUUCUUUAUUUGCAUAAUGGAAAUGUCCCUUGAACAUCUUACCUGCCUUCUUAAAUGUCAGAUGCAGCCACUGCCUGAGUCUUACUUUGUAACUCAUUUUUUGCUGAUUCAGACAAAGAAUUUUGCCAAAUUUCCAGCUGUCAGAGGUUUCAAUGAGUUUGUAAAUUGAGAGGUUGUUGCUUGGAUGUACAGGAUACAGGACUAAUUCAGCAUUAAGGAAGGAGUUACACCAAUAUAAAUGUGGUGCAAAAAGAAGGAUUUUGACAAUGGCUGCCAUUUGUGCAACUGAGUUGUAUUCCCUGUCACUCCUGCUCUGUAUCCCUUCCAUUUCUUUUUUAAUUUAUUCAUUUAUGUUUGCAGCUUACAGCAUGAAUGUGUAUAUAAAGAGAAAAAAAACUCCCAUAAACUGUCCAAAGGAGACGGGGAAAAAAACAACUUUUAUAAAACUCUUCAGUAUUUAUUUUGACAGAACAAAAUGGGUAUUUUCAUGUAUUAAAGAACAUAAAAGGCUUCUCUUUCUGGGAGCUGAAAUGUGUAUGACUUUUUUCUGUUGCUAUGUGACAGUUCAGAUAAAGGCUAAUUAGAGAUUAAAGAGAUGUUGAUAA